UUUUACUCACCUGCUCGUUCAUUCCAUACACGAAUAGCUGCACAUCCAGUCCGAUAACCUUUAAAAUCUUUCGUUUUACAAAACAUUUGGUCUCGCCUGUUCGACUGGUUUGACGCCAUAAUAACGAUAUUAUCGCCGGAGGUACUUGAGCGCCCAGGAGUUAUCACCUCAUCACUUCGCAACUCUUCCAUUUUCUUUACCCAACCAGGGUUAAUUCAAUCAAACGAAAGAAAAAAAGGAACACUCCAGGGGAAGUACCUUUCAGACCCAAUUUAAUAGGUCUCCCCUUUGAACUGCAGUCCUACUGAAUUGAAUGAACACAGAAGAUUCCCUCUUAAUGUGUGCCAACUUGCCAUAAAAGAGGAAGAAACUCAUUCCCCCUUCAAGAUACACUCAACUGAGUAGAGUGGAAAAAAACUCCAACGACUUGUUUGCCCAUCCCCCUUUGAUAAGAUGAUCUUAAGAAACCGCUCCAUUCGUUACGCAUCGAGUGAAUUCAAGUCUCUCCCCAAGCCGCCCGCAGGGACAGGCGUCGUGUUUCACGGAAAAUUACAACAAGUAAAAUACGCCAUCAGUUUCCCGAGUUACUUGUUUAUAAUUUUUUCCGGGUUUAUGGGAGCCAUGUCAGGAAAUUUCUUUUUUAAAAAAUACAUUUUGAGGAAAAACCCCCCCAACCCCCUGAGAGACCCUAACGACUUACCGCCAGAGAAGCACCCACACACCCCUGAGGACGAUGAUUAAAAGGGGAGGAAUGAAAUAAACGGAUAAAUAUUUAACCAAAUAAAGUGCCAAAAAUGCAGACACAAAACAGGGCGGAGCGAGGCACAUUCUUCUAAAUGCCAACGCGCUCA